AUUCGUACCUGGAUCUAAGAAAAUUAGAUCUUAGAGAUUGCAAUAAAGUAACUAAUAUAAGUAUCAGACAAAUCGCACAAUAUCUUAAUCUGGAACAUCUUGCACUCAAUUCCCUAGGAUUUAUUAAUGAUGAAACGAUAUAUAUUGUUGUGCGAUUAUGUCCAAAUAUUUCUUAUUUCAACCCCGAAUUCUGCAAUGUUACAGAUAUGGUGGUAGAAGCAAUAGCACAAUCAUGUCAUAAUAUAGAAUAUCUCAAUCUUUACGGAUCAGUAUCUAUUACCGAUAAGUCUAUUUCUAAAUUGGCAAAAAUGUGUUUUAAGAUUCAGAAGCUUGAAUUAGGAUUUUGUGAACUUAUAACUGAUAUAGCCAUUAAAGAUAUUACUCAGCAUUUAUCCAAUCUAAAAUAUCUCGGGUUAAAAAAUUGUGUAAAUAUCAGCAAAGAGGCAUUAGAUAUGUUAGACCCAGAUUUAGAUAUAGGUGGAUAUUAUAUGAUCCCAUUCACUUUAUAA